AUGAGCGCAAUAGAAGCUCUCUACAUCUUUGAUGAGCACAACACCCCGCUCCUCGAACACACGUACCUCAAUCGCCCACCACCAUCUUCUGUCCUACUGCCUCUCUACCUCGCACAUCCCGCCCCAAGACCCCCGCUAAUAUAUCUACCCAACACCAACCCACCGACGCUGCUAUACAGCAUAAUACAAGACCAGCUUCUGUUCCUGUGCCCGGCAUCAGCUGAUACCGACCCUCUCGCCGUUCUCACCCUCCUCCACCGCCUCACCGACGUACUUGAGGACUUCCUGGGUUCGCCACUGCUAGCGAGCAAGAUCGAAGGAAACUAUGAUGUCGUCGCACAACUACUUAGUGAGAUGGUCGAUGGCGGCAUCAUCGCCAACACCGAGCCCAACGCACUGAGAGACGUCGUUGAAGCUCCGAAUCUACUCAAGAGCCUUUUAGGAGGGGUUGGAUUACCAUCUUCAACACCAAGCUCGCUCACACCAUCUUCUGCUGGAGCGUUUGGUCUAGGGGGUGGGAGACCGAGUCCGCGAUUGGGUCCCUCGCCAGCCUCAAGUCAGACAGGCUCACCGGUACCGUGGAGAAGAGCCAAUGUCAGGCACACGAGCAAUGAGAUGUAUGUGGACAUUGUGGAAACACUCGAAGUCACCCUGUCGCCAUCUGGCCGUCCUUUGGCUGCAGUGGCAAAUGGUACCAUCGCUUUCACUGCCAAGGUCUCGGGAAUUCCAGAUCUCAUACUACACUUGGGAUGCGCAGGUGGCAUACAAAACGCUGUCUCGCUUCCCGUCUUCCACCCUUGCGUCAGGCUCAAUCAAUGGAAAGCGAGACCAGGUGAACUGUCAUUCGUCCCGCCAGAUGGUCGCUUCGUGCUCGCCGGAUACGAAGUCGAUCUACUAGGUUCCGCAGCAUUGGAUGCCUUUUCUACCGAGAAGAGCGCCAAGAGUGCGAAUCCAAAACUCAACAUACCUGCUACGGUAUCCGUUAACCCCUCCCUUGGGCCAAGCGGCACAGACUUCGAGGUCAAACUCCAACUCAACCCACGCUUCAGCGGAAACAAACCCUCUCAGCCCAGCGCCGCAAAGGCUAGCCUGAGCCGCACAUCCUCCACAGGAACGACGUCUGCUCCUGCUAUCGAAGAAAUGACCAUUCACAUUCCUCUCCCAGCGUCUGUCAGAAACGUCGCCGAUCUUCGUCUCGCACGCGGAACAGGAGAUGCAGGCUACGCCCCUGGCGACAGGGCAAUAGAAUGGCGUAUAAGUAGUCGUGAAAUAAGCAACCUCAUGUCUCAAGACCGGGGUGGAGGAAUUGGAGCCACAGCCACGCUACGCGGGACUGUUAUUGGCCAGGAUGACCCAUCUGCGGAAGAUGCUUUGGAUGCCGGUGGACCGGUUUCGUUUGCAACAUCAACAUACGAUUAUGAUGACGACCAGAAUACGCAGAUAUCUUUGCCUGCGGCCUCGUCUUCUAACGCGCCGAGGCCGGAUAGCGACGCCAAGAUCAAGCAGGCAAACAAAGUCCUCAUGCCAAGCUGUGCGACCAUCAGCUUUUCCGUCAAAGGUUGGUUGCCGAGUGGAAUACGCGUGGAGAGCUUGAACGUGGACCAAAAGAAGAGUAAAGGUCUGGGUAGUGGUGUAACUCCGUACAAGGGUGUCAAGUAUCUAUGUGUCAGCCGAAAAGGUGUAGAAUGUAGAUGCUAG